AUAUUCACAACUGGACCUGAAAUGUUAUUGCGACAUCAUGGAGUUGGCUUAUUUUAUCUUGCAUGCUCACAGUGUUUUGAACUUGAGCACAAAUUUAAAGAGUUAAACCGGCAAAGAACGAUCCAUUCUGAUUCUGAUGGAAAAUUAAUCAUUCACGUUGAUAUUCCUGAUAGAAAGGUAGAAGUGAAGCGUGAGAUUAUGGAAAAUCUUCAUGUGGAUCCCGUGCAAUUACGAUCACACCUUAGACUUCAAGCUGCUA